AUGCAGAUUCGCAUAGAUGAAGAGAUCUGCUACCACGCAAGGUCUUGGAAAACAAUGAACAGCCACAUAGGCCGUGAGUGUGGCAUCUCCAAGGCCAUGGGCAUCAACUGCGGUAACUGCCCAAGCCGACGCCUCGAGUUCCUGCAACAAAGCGACCACCGUCGGGAUUCCCAGUCCCAGCUCAAAUGCGAGGAGACCUCUGGCCGCUGUAUGGUGGAAGGUCGAGCCAUCGACAAGGUCUUCGCAUGGGACUUCAAGCCGUAG